CUCUCUCUCUCUCUCUCUCUCUCUCUCUCUCUCUCUCCAUGCCACUCUGCUAAAAACCUCUCUCUCUCCCCGUGAGAAUGGCAAUGGCAAACAAUAGAAGGGCGCUGGGGGACAUCGGCAACCUGGUAGGUGCCCUUUCAACAAGAUGCGUCGUCACCAAAGGGCAGUCCCUUCAGGAAAACAGGGGAUUAACAACAAAGAAGAAGAUUUCUUUACCUGUAGAUCGCCCCAUAACCAGGAGCUUUGGAGCCAUUUUGGAGAAAAAACAGACGCUAGCAAAGAAAGAAGAAAGAAUUGAUGAGGAGGAGGAUAAUGUGAAAUGGAGAUCAAAACAGAGAAGAACAAUGUCUUCAAGAAAGAAGAAAACCCAAAACGAGAACGACCCAAUAGAUGCUUUCAUGGAAGAAAGAGAAAAAGAAGACGCAGAAGUAGUUAUUACCCAAGGGAAGCACUUAGAAAACAAGGAUUUCACUGCAGAUGCAACUUCUACAGAGACAUCAUAUUUAUCAUGUGAAAUUGAAAUGGAAGAUGCGGAGUCGCCAUUGCCGUGUAUAGAUGAAUUAGACGUUAAAAACCCAUUGGCUGUUGUGGAGUAUGUUAAGGAUAUAUACAGUUUCUAUCGCAAAACAGAGUUUGAGAGUUGUGUUCCGGCUGAUUAUAUGUCGAACCAGCCUGAUAUUAACCAUAGAAUGAGGGCUAUAUUAGUUGAUUGGCUGAUCGAGGUCUGUUACUUUGAUCUCUCUCUCCUCCUUCUUCUUCUUCUCCUUCUCCUCUUUCUUCUUCUUCUCAUCACUGGUUUGCAAUUGCAGGAAAAAUCGAUGCUAAACACUCUUCAGUUUAAGAUGUCGGUACCUACCCCUUUUGUGUUCAUGAAAAGGUUUCUAAAGGCGGCAGAAUCUGAUAUCAAGUUGGAAAUGAUGUCCUUCUACCUAAUGGAGCUGAGCAUGGUGGAGUAUAGAAUGUUGAAAUUUUCACCGUCAUUGCUAUCAGCGGCUGCGGUUUAUACAGGGCGGCGCAUUCUCAGGUUGUCUCCACUUUGGAGUAACACCCUUAAGUCCCAUACCACCUACACCGAAGAUAAACUCCAGGAAUGCGUGAAAUGGAUGGAGGAGAUCUGUCAAGGGGCAGGACAAGGAAAACUCACCUCAGUUUUCAGAAAAUACUCAGUCUCCAAGUUUGGUGGCGUCGCCUCUCUCCUCAACACCUCACCCCCACCCCCACCUCUCCCUUAAUUCCUUACUAAUUAUAUCCAUUGAUUAAUUAAGGUCGUUCCUUUUGUGGAAAAUAAUUUGCUUCAAAUCCUUUUGCUUUUCUAAUUAAUUGUUAAGCUUAAACAGGCUGUGAAAAGUUCAACAUACUAUAUUUUGAUGUUCUCUCUUCACCCAUGAGAACCAGAACCAUGAAGAGACAGAGCAAGAGAAUUAAAGUUCUCUUUUGGGGUUGUAUUCAUUUACUAUUUCUAACAUUUAUUUCAACAGUGAAUUAAUGCACCGGCUUUUUC